GAAAUGGGCAGGUUGAGUUCAAGUUGUUAUAGUUAUUCAGAAUUCAUUCUACUUCCCCUUCUUUUAUUAUUCCACACUUGUUUUGAGCAUGCAACUUGUGGCAAAAUAGUGCAAUUCCUUCCUGGAAUUGAGGGACCCCUUCCCUUUGUGCUUGAAACCGGGUAUGUGGGAGUGGGUGAAGGAAAGAAUGUGCAGGCUUUUUACUACUUCAUUGAGUCAGAAAACAACCCAAAGGAGGAUCCUCUCAUGCUUUGGCUAACCGGUGGUCCUGGUUGCUCUUGUUUGCAUGGUCUUAUGUUUGAAAUUGGUCCAUUUACAGUUAAAAAGGAAGAAUAUAAUGGUAGCCGGCCUAAUUUGAUCCUCAAUCCACACUCAUGGACAAAGGUUAGUAGCAUAAUUUUUAUAGAUAUACCCGUUUCCACGGGUUUCACCUAUGCUAAAACAAAGUCUGCUGCUCAACGAGGCGAUUGGUUACUAGUUCGCCAAACACGUCAAUUUCUUAGGAAGUGGUUGAUUAAUCAUCCAAAAUUCCUGUCAAAUAAAGUUUAUAUUGGUGGUGAUUCCUACUCUGGCAUUCCUAUUCCAGUAAUUGUUCAAGAAAUUUCACAAGAAAAUGAAAAAGGCCUCCGACCACGGAUAAAUCUCCAGGGUUACAUCCUAGGGAAUGCCUUGACAACUGAAAGGGAUACAAACUACGCAAUCCCCUUUUCUCAUGGAAUGGGACUUAUUUCUGAUGAAUUAUAUGAGUCACUACAAAAAAACUGUAAGCGGGAAUAUGUAAAUGUAGACCCCAGAGAUGUAUUCUGUUUAAGAGAUAUGAACUCAUUCAUGGAGCUUACAUCAGGACUUGAUCUAUUCUAUAUUUUGGAACCGGCAUGCUAUUGGAAUUGGAUUGAUGAGGGAGUUUCUUGGAGGAGAUAUCUAAUUAAUAAAUAUCCACCAGAGGAAAUCAAUGGUCGUCCCCCCUUAUAUUGUCGGAGUUAUGAACACUUCCUUGCUAAUUUUUGGGUCAACGAUGAUAAUGUUCGCAAAGCACUACACAUACGCAAGGGAAGUAUUGGGAAAUGGCAUCGUUGUAGCUUCGAUAUACCUUAUAAGAAGGAAAUCAAUAGUAGUUUUGAGUAUCAUGUAAAUCUGAGCAAAAAAGGUUAUCGUUCACUAAUAUACAGUGGCGAUCAUGACAUGAUGGUUUCAUUCUUUGCGACUCAAGCAUGGAUACGUUAUUUAAACUAUUCCAUUGUGAAUGAUUGGAGGCCAUGGCAUGAUGCAAAUGGCCGAGUUGCAGGAUACACAAGAACUUAUUCCAAUCGGAUGACAUUUGCAACCGUAAAGGGUGGAGGCCACACGGCUCCUGAGCACAAGCCAGAAGAAUGCUUUGCCAUGUACAGCAGGUGGAUAUCAAACAUGACUUUAUGGGACACAACCAAAUAAGUUCAUCUCCUAACUAGCCAUGAAGUAAAAUUUAAGAAGAAGAUGGAGAUUCAUAUUUCAAAUAUAUAACAUAUAUAUCAGUAUAUAUAUAUAUAUAUAUGUGCCUGUCCCUUACACCAGAAGAAAUGUAAGGGGGUGAAUAAGGUGUUCUAUAUCCAAUUCUAAACAUUUAUUGUUUUAAAAAGUAGCAAUAGCCUGAACGAAGUUAACUUCUGUGUGUGUGAAAGGGAAAAGGUUUUGGUGGAGGAUGACGAUAUAAAUUUCUUUAUGCUUGACUCCUCCCCAUUAAUUGUCAACGAGUUCUCUCAACCCUUUAUGCAACCAGAUUAUUAUUCUAGAGAUCGGUUGCACAU